AUGACAACAACCAAAAGUGACAGUAGAUCCACAAAAAACCCACAAGGAGGAAAAGAUGGAGCGGUGGUAGAAAAUGCCAAAGCAACGUCUCACCGCGAGUUGCCCCCUCUUCCACCCGACUACAGCGAAGAAAAGGAUGGCGUCUCGGUCCUCCUGUUCUAUCAAUACGUCGAACCCUUGUGGACGUCUUCCCAACAUCGACGCGCCUUGCGCAAGUUAAUGGAACUGUGUCAGCAAAAUAAAAUCACGGGAAGAGGCCGAGUAGCUCCAGAGGGGAUGAACUGUACUCUGACCGGCAAUUCUCGAGGCAUGCGUCAAGUGUGUCAAGGAUUGCGGGAAUUCGACAAACUCUUUUGGGAAACCGACUUUAAAAUCACGGAUCGUGUUCCCAAAUCAAAACAAUUCAAGAGCCUCAGUGUACGCAAGACGGAAGAAUUGGUGGCAUACGGCUUGAAGGGUGAUGCUGUGGCUCCUUCCUUGACGCACUUUCAGGGGACACAUUUGGAAGCCAAUGAGUACCAUGAAGCAUUGCAGGAUCCUGAUGCUGUCGUUGUGGAUGUUCGAAACUUUUAUGAAACCGCAUUGGGGGCAUUCAAUCCACCACCGGGAGGCGCCAAGUUGGUGGAUCCCAAGCUACGCAACAGUAUAGAGUUUAGUCGAUGGCUGGUGGAUCCGGACACGCAAAAGGAACUGAAUGGGAAAAAGGUACUCAUGUAUUGCACGGGAGGGAUUCGCUGUGAAAGAGCCACGGCGCUCUUGAAUCAAAUGGUGACAGCCUCGGAAGAUAACAACAAUGAAAAGAACGAGAACGAGAAUCAAAAGACAGACCAUGCAAAGAAUAAUGACGAGCCAAAAUCAUCCGAGGAUGCCGAUCCUUCCUUUGCGUGCAAACCCAAGGGGGUCUACGAGUUACGAGGCGGCAUUGAACGUUACGUUAAAACCUUCCCACAAGGUGGAUUUUGGAGAGGGAAGAAUUACUUGUUUGAUCGUCGAAUGGAACAGAUCCCAGAAGGAAGAUCCAUGGAGGAUGUGGAGAGGGAGAUUGAUUCCGUAUGCUGCGUGUGCCACCGCAAAUGGACGGUCUACAGAGGACAGUACAGUUGCGCCUCCAAACUAUGUGGAGUCCCGGUCAUUGUUUGCACUCAUUGUACAACCCACGCUACCGAAAACCCACAAUCGCUUCAAUGUGACUUGUGUCGUGAAAACUACCGUCCUCGGGCAGCACAACCCGAUUUAGCCAAAAUCAAGCGAAAGGCGGAAGAAAAGGUACUCGCGGGAUCCGGCGGCGAAAAGGACACAACAAAUAAUAUGCGACCGGCCAAGAAAGGAAAACACGAUAGUCGAGAACGAUACUCGGAUCGACUGUUCCUUUCGCGAUUGCCAUUGACGGCAACAGUCACCAAGAUCCAACAGGCGUUGAUACCAGUGGAAACAGAGACUGUGAUCAGCACGAAGAAACAGAAGCAACACAAUUCCAUUCGUGUCCAUUGGCUGAGGGAUCAGGAGACUCAUUCAUUCUACGGAUCCUGCAUGGUACACAUGCCUAGCGCUGCUUUGGCCAGUGAUGUCAUCGCGAGGGCCUCGGAGACUGGGAUACGACUUGCGGGUCACAAGAAGCGAGUCAAGGUGUCGUACGUCUGGAAACGAAAAGAAGAUGAUAUGAAAGACGACGAUCCCUUCGCGUCGACGACCUUUCAAGCUCGAGAAUUUCCUCCGAUUCAAUAA